AGUUGAGUUACUGACCGUCUAUGAGCCGCAACACUGUUUACCAGCAAAUAUAAGGAACUAAAAGUGGUCAUAGCAAUUAGUGAGGACACAGGAAGUUUCUCUGUGCUGUUGUGCAAGCUGAUGCUCUGAUCUAGCAAAAAAGGAAAGGACUCCAGGGUAUUUCUUUUUUCCUGAGCUCAAACAGCAAAAACAGACAAUUGACAAGAUGGGGGACAAGGAAUAUAAAGAGAAAGUUGCUGUUGUGGAGGAGGAGCAGGUGAAGGUGCUUCAUGAAACACAGGCGUCAAUUGAACCGGAUGAAAAAGGCAACUACCCGCCUGCUGGGAACUCCAUCUACUCAGCCAUUCUGAGCAGAAAUGAGGCCGUGAAGGAUGCCAAGCGCCUCAAGACCUUCUUGGAGCUGCGGGACAAAUACGUGAAGAGGAAGGUUUUGUUCGAGGACCCUCUGUUCCCGGCGAAGGACUCCUCACUCUUCUACUGUGAGAAACCGGCCAUGAAGUUUGAGUGGAAGCGGCCCUCGGAAAUCUGUGACAACCCCCAGUUCAUCAUAGAUGGAGCCAACAGGACCGACAUCUGCCAAGGAGAACUGGGUGACUGCUGGCUGCUGGCCGCCAUCGCCUGCCUGACGCGAAACGAGAAGCUGCUGUACAGAGUGAUCCCGCCCGAUCAGAGCUUCAGCGAGAACUACGCCGGCAUCUUCCACUUCCAGUUCUGGCGCUACGGCGAGUGGGUGGACGUGGUGGUGGACGACCGCGUCCCCACCUGCAACAACAAGCUGGUGUUCACCAAAUCCUACAGGAAGAACGAGUUCUGGAGCGCUCUUCUGGAAAAGGCUUACGCAAAGUUGCACGGAUCCUAUGAGGCACUGAAGGGAGGGAACACUUUAGAAGCCAUGGAGGACUUCACAGGCGGAGUGACAGAGUUCUUUGAGUUGGCGGAUUCGCCUAAAGACCUCUACACCAUCAUGAGGAAGGCGCUGGACCGAGGCUCGCUGAUGGGCUGCUCCAUAGAUGUCUCUUCAGCCUGUGAAGUGGAGAGCCGCUCUGAACAGGGGCUGGUCAGAGGACACGCCUACUCCAUCAUAGCCCUGGAGGAGUGUGACGAGGCGGGGAAGGACAGCAGGAUCCGCCUGAUCCGCCUGCGCAAUCCUUGGGGUGUGGUGCUGUGGAAGGGAGCCUGGAGCCCCAACUCCAAGGACUGGUCCAGCAUUUCCAUCGCCGACAGAGAGAACCUGAAGAAACAGACGGUGGAGGCGAGCGAGUUCUGGAUGUCCUUUGAUGACUUCAAGAGGAACUUCACCAAGCUGGAGCUGUGCAACCUCACCCCCGACGCCCUGCAGGGUGAUGAGAGGCACACGUGGUCGGUGUCGGUCAACGAGGGCCGGUGGGUGAGAGGCAGCUCCGCCGGCGGCUGCAGGAACUUCCCAGAAACCUAUUGGACCAACCCUCAGUAUCGUCUGGAGCUGUAUGAGGAGGACGAUGACCCAGAGGACGGGGAGGUGGUCUGCACCGUCGUCGUGGCCCUGAUGCAGAAAGGUCGGAGGAUGCAGCGUCAUAAAGGGGCCAAGUUUCUAACCAUUGGAUUUUCACUCUAUCAGGUGCCCAAGGAGAUGUGCGGACAGAAUCAGCACCUGCAGAAAGACUUCUUCCUGUACACCGCCUCCAAAGCUAAGUGCAAGGCGUACAUGAACCUGCGGGAGGUCACCGAGCGCUUCCGCCUGCCGCCGGGCGAGUACGUCGUCAUCCCCACCACCUUCGAGCCCAACCUGGAGGGCGAGUUCAUCCUCAGGGUCUUCUCCGAGAAGCAGAGCACGUCUGAGGAAGCUGAGAACACCAUCGGGUCGACCCAACCGCAGCAAGCAGACAAGAUAAAGAAAGACAAGCCUAUCGUGUUCGUGUCGGACAGAGCGCGGGCCAACAAAGAAAUCGAGCACGACGGCAUUCAGGGUGAAAAGAGGAAGAAACCAAAACUCAAACUGUUGCAACCUGCGGAGGAGACUGAGGAGGAAAAACAAUUCAGAGCCAUUUACAAACAAGUAGCUGGUGAGGACAUGCAGAUCUGUGCCAACGAGCUCAAAGCCAUCAUGAGGAACGUGCUCGACAAGCACGGUGAAAUCAAGACGAAAGAAGGUUUCAGCCUUGAGACGUGUCGGAGCAUGAUCGCGUUAAUGGACACUGACGGCACUGGGAAGUUGAACCUGCAGGAAUUCAAACACCUGUGGAAAAAGAUCAAGGAGUGGCAGCUGAUCUUUAAACUCUACGAUAAAGACAAGUCCUCCUCCAUUAGUAGUUUUGAGAUGAGGAAUGCUGUUAAUAAUGCAGGGUUUCAGCUCAACAAACAGCUGUAUGACAUCAUAGCCAUGCGCUACGCAGACGAGCGCCUCAACAUCGACUUUGACAGUUACAUCUGCUGCUUAGUGAGGCUGGAGGGCAUGUUCAGAGCUUUCAAUGCCUUUGACAAAGAUGGAGAUGGUCUAAUCAAACUCAAUGUCCUGGAGUGGCUUCAGCUAACCAUGUACUCUUGAAGUGAGUCUGGAGGAGCUGCAGCAGCAGCUCACAUCACUUCCCUUCACGGAUACAUUUAUUUUAGCUUAUUUCUAAGCAACUGACAUAUUUAAACAUGUGCAGAAGUGUGACAAAGUUUGAAUAUAAAAGUCAAAUUAAACUGAUAAUCCUGAAAUUGUCCAGUCAUGUAGUAACAUUAUAAAAAGGAACUAAUGUAAACAUACUGUAGGUUAUGUUCAAAUGUUUUACAAUUAAAUAUGAGGUAAGAAUUACA